AAUGAAUUUUAAAUCUUUUAAUCUCGGUUAAAUUAAAUUAAACUAAAUAAUUUUUAAGAUUUGGGUCCCAUCAUUGCCGCCAGGGCAGCCUCUCGUCCCCUAUGCAAUUUUCUCGUUCGAUAGUCUUCCCAGCCCUGCAUCGUGACAUUUUGUUUAUUCUUGAUAGCUUCUCGAUGGCGGCUUCAAUAUCGAGCUCUUGCAUUUCUCUUCGCAGCCCUCCCAAAAUUCCAGGUAUCCACUUACGUACCGGCCUGUGCUGUUCUGCUCACAAUUUCUACUCGCAACUGGAUGCAAAAUUUCGUUCCCUAAAACCCUUAGCUGUAGCCGCCGAUGCUGGAGCAAAGCUCGAUAAGGGCACUUCAACCCAAUGCAAUGUGUUCAGCGAAGAUUUGGGAGAGAGCGAGGAAGAUGAGAGCUAUAGCACGGUGGAAGACAAGCAAUUUGUGCGCUGGUUUCGCGAGGCCUGGCCUUACUUAUGGGCCCAUAGGGGUGGCACCUUCGUCGUGAUUAUUUCCGGUGAAAUUGUGGCUAGUCCUUUCUUAGAUCCCAUUCUCAAGGAUAUAGCUUUCCUUCAUCAUCUGGGAAUUCGGUUUGUUCUUGUACCGGGGACCCAUGUGCAAAUAGACAAGCUUUUGACUGAGAGAGGGAGCCAACCUAAGUAUGUUGGUCCGUAUAGGAUUACUGAUGAUGAAUCUCUUGCUGCUGCAAUGGAAGCAGCGGGAGGAAUCAGAUUGAUGUUAGAAGCAAAACUAUCUCCUGGACCGUCCAUAUGCAAUAUUCGUAGACACGGUGACAAUAGUCGCUUGCAUGAAGUUGGUGUCAGUGUUGCUAGUGGUAACUUUCUCGCAGCUAAGAGAAGGGGGGUUGUUGAUGGAAUCGACUAUGGGUCAACUGGAGAAGUUAAAAAAGUAGAUGUUUCUCGCAUGCGUGAGAGGCUUGAUGGUGGAUGUAUAGUUCUUUUAAGUAACCUUGGCUAUUCCAGCUCCGGAGAAGUACUAAAUUGCAACACCUAUGAAGUUGCAACCGCUUGUGCUUUAGCUAUUGGAGCAGACAAGCUUAUUUGCAUCAUAGAUGGUCCAAUACUUGAUGAGAAUGGACGCCUUAUUUGUUACUUGCCUCUUCAAGAAGCAGAUUUGUUGAUUCGUAAACGGGCUGAGCAAAGUGAAAUAGCUGCUAACUAUGUCAAAGCUAUUGAUGAGGAUAAUUUCGGCUCUCUUGCUUAUAAAAGUUCUAAUGGAACAGCUCAUUCCACACAGAAUGGAGAUGCUCUUACCAGAACCCAUAAUGCAACCUUUCAUAAUGGUGUUGGUUUCGGCAAUGGGAAUGGCCUAUGGUCUGGUGAACAAGGCUUUGCUAUUGGAGGUCAAGAGCGGCUAAGUAGAAUGAAUGGUUACCUGUCAGAAUUGGCUGCAGCAGCUUUUGUUUGCAGAGGAGGUGUUCAAAGAGUUCACUUAUUAGAUGGAACCAUUAGCGGAGUUUUGCUGUUGGAAUUGUUUAAAAGAGAUGGGAUGGGAACAAUGGUGGCCAGUGAUCUGUAUGAAGGCACUCGGAUGGCUCGGGUAGCAGAUGUUCCUGGAAUAAAACAACUUAUUCAGCCUUUGGAGGCAUCUGGUGUAUUGGUUAAGAGGACUGAUGAGGAGUUGCAUCAAUCAGUGGAUUCAUUCAUUGUUGUGGAAAGGGAGGGUCAAGUAAUUGCAUGCGCUGCUCUUUUUCCUUUCUUUGAGGAGAAGUGUGGAGAGGUUGCUGCCAUUGCAGUAUCGCCAGACUGCCGAGGACAAGGACAGGGUGACAAAUUGCUUGACUAUAUUGAGAAGAAGGCUUCGUCUCUUGGGUUGAACAUGCUUUUCCUGCUUACAACUCGUACAGCAGAUUGGUUUGUGAGACGUGGAUUUUCAGAAUGUUCAAUUGAUUAUAUACCGGAGAAGAGAAGGGGCAAAAUUAAUCUCUCCCGUAAUUCCAAGUAUUAUAUGAAGAGGCUUCUACCCGACAGAAGUGGAAUUACUGUUGGUAGGAAAUUUGUACAGGAUUAGCGUUUUCCCUUUUUUUUUUGGUUGGUUUAGGAAAGGGACUAUGUAAUCUUGCGGGCAAUAAUCUUGUAGUUGUCCAAUCGGUAGUUCCGACCGGUUUAUUUAUUCCAUAAGUUGCAUUUGCUCUGGUAUCGUUAUGAAAUAUGAACGUUCUCUCAGAUGCUUUCGAGGUUGAUUCCCCCCAACCCCCCCCCCCCGGGGUCAACAAGUGAAGGAAUAAUUUUAAAGCAGGAUUCACGAGGUUUUGUCCUUGCCUUCGAUUCGAGACAAGCUCCUUCAAAGAACAUCGCUUAUUCACAAGAUGGACA